AUGGCCGCGUUCCACUCAAUGUCGUCCGGCGCGACGCCCGGGGAUGGCAUGGCUCUGAAUAGCGCUGUGGUGGACGGCAUAGACGCCUCCAUGUUCGAUGAUUCUCUGUUGGAUACUGUAAACAGCACCUUUCCUACUAUACCGUUCACGCCGACCUACGACUUCCAAGACUUCUCCGCUGCGGGCUUCGAAGACCCAUUCGCGUACUCGAAUCGCCAAUACGAGGCUCAACCUGCGCCUGAGGAGUUCAACCAAGACUCGCCCACACAAGAGCUAGACAACAAACUCCUGGGGUUUUCGGCGCCGUCGCUGAAGGCCACACUCGUGGACGGCGCUGGCCAACAUGUGGAACCCAACAUGUCGGCCGAACUGUACGGCAUGUUCUUCGUAGCCGAGGACGUCUUUGGAGCUGAGAACAGCGGCAGACCGCUCGAGCUGACCUGCUAUCGGAGAAACCUGUGGCAAUGCUCCGGGCAGGUCACACUGCCUCGACACAUCACUCAUAUUGUGGACGAACAAGGCCGGCAAAUACCCAUAUUCGAGUUGGCGGCGUCGAUAACGGCGAUCGAGUCCAUCGAGGGCAAGAUGACGGAGAUCAUCUCGAUACCGUGGAAGAGCGCGCAUCCGAUAGGUGCAGAGGAACCCAAGUCUACUGGCGGACCGCCUAAUAUCGUUUUGGACCUCGGAAACGGCCAAGAAGUAGAUGCCAACAGGGUGUCUCUGCCGUUGUCGUGGAAGAGGUUGCAGUUCAAGCACGCUACGGCGAACAACGGGAGGAGGAAAGGCCUGCAGCAGCAUUACCUGGUACAAAUCAGUCUACUUGGCAAGCAACAAACCGGCGAGUACGUCAAGAUUGCCGAGGUCCACUCUGGGCCCGUUAUCGUGAGAGGCCGCAGCCCACGAAACUUCGACAGCCGGAAAGAUAUACCCUUGACCGGUGGAGACAAGAAGCAGGGAGGGAGAAGCAACAGCGACGCUUCCGCAACACCUGUCAAAGACAACAGCAACAACGGCGUUCCGACUCCUGUACCCAAGUAUCAGUCCCUGGGUAACGUCCAGCAACCAGCGGACUGGGCACCGCCGCAGAUGUACCGUGAACUGAGCGGGGGGCCGCCUCCCGCAAAGAAAAUGGCCCUGUCACCGGGAAUCAACCGGCCCCCAAUACCGGCCUGGUCGUCAGAACCAUCAAGGCCGCUACCCAGAGCAUCGACGUCGGGUUCGGCGCCGCGUGCUGGGAUCUCGGGUCCCAUCAACCUUUCUCUCUCGGAAGACGAGAGAAGUCCCAACAGGUCCAACUCGGACGUGCAGAGCCCGCAAUUCACAAAGUCCACGGCACCCACAGGGCACAAUGCGAGCCAGAGCCCCAAGGAAGAGGAUGACUUGCUCUAUGAAUACUUUCCUCUUAGCGUGGAUGAUUGGAUGCCACCCGUUGAAGCAAUUUACCGGCCUCACGUCGUCCACCAUACCAUUGUACCGCCAGAGAUCAAGGCGCAGCAACUGCGGAGCAAGGCGAAGCGAUACUUCACCGCUGAAUCUUGA